UAUGACGGAGUCCGCAGAAUAGCAUCGGUUCCCUCCCCCCCCGAGUCUUCCGUCCUCUUCUCUUGCACCAAGGCUUCUUUUCCCGCGCAAACACCAUUCAUCAUGUCGUCCGCCACUAUGAAAGCCGUGAACUACCAGGGCCCUUACAAGGUCAAGGUUUCCGAGGUAUCGGUGCCCAAAAUCCAGCAUCCCGACGAUGUCAUCGUCAAAGUCACUACGGCUGCCAUCUGUGGCUCGGAUUUGCACAUGUAUGAGGGAAGAACGGCCGCAGAGGCCGGUAUCACGUUCGGCCACGAGAACAUGGGAAUCGUCGAGGAGCUCGGAAGUGGUGUCACUCUCUUGAAGAAAGGAGACCGCGUUGUCAUGCCCUUCAAUGUCGCCGACGGUCGCUGCCACAACUGUGAGGAGGGACGAACUGCCUUCUGCACAGGCGUCAAUCCCGGCUUUGCUGGUGGUGCCUACGGUUACGUCGCCAUGGGUCCCUACCCUGGAGGCCAGGCGCAAUACAUCAGAGUCCCUUAUGCAGACUUCAACGCGCUGAAGCUGCCUCCCGGACGGGAGUUUGAGUCCGACUUCAUCUUGCUCGCAGAUAUUUUCCCCACCGGCUGGCAUGGCAUUGAACUGUCCGGCUUCAGGCCCGGUGAGACUGUAGCUGUCUUCGGCGCCGGCCCCGUCGGUUUGAUGGCCGCAUACUCGGCAGUCCUGCGUGGUGCCUCGAGAGUUUAUGUGGUGGAUCGCGUCGCCGAGCGACUCCAGUCCGCCGAGAGAAUCGGCUGCACACCGGUCGACUUCACCAAGGGCGACGCUGUUGAGCAGAUCAAGAAGCUGAACGGCGGCGAGGUAGACCGCUCAGUCGAUGCGGUCGGAUAUCAGGCCGUGAGCGCCGGCGGGAACGCCGAGCAACCCAACAUUGUGCUGGAGAACAUGAUCAAGGUCACGCGAGCUUGCGGUGGCCUCGGCAUCCCAGGUCUUUACGUGCCGAGUGACCCGGGUGCGUCUGAUGACGCUUCGGCAAAGGGCAUGAUCAGCCUCAGCUUCGGCAAGCUUUUCGAGAAGGGCCUGUCCAUCGGCACUGGACAAUGCAACGUCAAGGCGUACAACAGAUACCUGCGCGACUUGAUCAUUGCAGGCAAGGCCAAGCCGAGUUUCGUCGUCUCCCACGAGAUCAACAUCGACGACGCCGAGGUUGCGUAUGAAAAGUUCGACAAGAGGAUUGAUGGCUACACAAAGGUGCUCAUCCACCCCAACGGCGGGUUUUAGUUGCCAAGAUGUGUGUGUGAUCCAGGGUUGCUGGGUAUUGUGGUAAAAGUGAAAGGGGCGGCGUCGACGGUUGUUGGGUGGUGUUGUAGGCGGCAAAGCAGCGAUGUUUCUUCCCUUGGACAGCAAUUACAUUGUCGGUAUUCGGUCAUGAGAUGAAGACUCCGUGUGUCAAUCGUUUCUAUUCCUGUCCUGUUUUACAACUAGGAUUUCUUGCCAAGCUGAGUAAUCUGAAUAACUACAAGGUAUUUUGCGGUCAGCAAUGGGCAAAGAAAGAGUUUAGUGGAAAACGACGAACUCGCUUGGAGUUAUUCGGUUAAUUAACACUAGUUCUUCUUAGCUAUUUAGUUACUUCAGUCAGAAGCUUUCAACAACAGUC